GAUUCACAUGAUUUCGAUUCGUCUCAAUUCACCGGUAUCAUAAAAUUCCGAGAUUAUAUUUCGUAAAAAUGUCUCUUUCCUGAAUAAGGCAGGCGAAAUGGAAGAUACAGAUGGAAUGUCAAGUAACUCUGCCUCAGAAACAGAGAAUUUAAGCAACGAUGCUCCAGCAGGUAAAGAAAAUUCGAGCAGACACAGGUCUCAUAGUAGUAGUCGACACAAGAAGCACAAGCAUAAAAGUAAAAAGAGCCACCACAAGCAUAAGCAUCACAAGGAUAAAGAUGGACACCGUCGGCAUAAGCACAAGCACAAGAAGCACAAGAGCAAGAAGGAGGAAGAGGAACAACCUCCGGCUGCUGUCCCUUUUGCAGUUGAUGAAUCCGAGUCAGAUAUUGAAUUAGAAGAUACCAUUCCUUUGCCUAAAUUUGAGCCAAAAAUUCCCCAGCAGCAAACCAGUCGGCGGGAAGGCCGCAGGAAGGAGAGGGAGUACAUUGAUGAAUCUCUUGCUGCUCUAGAGAAGCAGAAGGAACUUCUGCAAGCUCAGCUGCUGGCUACAGCUGACGAUGAACACUCUGGAAUGAACUUGAUCGCUCAGGGUUACCAGUCCGAUGAAGAAGAAGAUGAAGACACCGUUCUGAAACAGUCCCUCUCAAAGUGGAUCCAUUCAGGGAGUUCCAAGGAAUCCAAACCAUCCUUAAAAUCAGAAUCUAAAGACAAUGAGCGAUCAGAUAGGAGGAAGCGGGAAAGGGAAGAUGAGAGCUCUCAAAAGAAACGACACCGCAGUAAGUCACCAGCUACUGAGCGUUCUUCGAGCAGCAAGGUUGAUAACAGCAAUGCUAAAUCCUCUGAAAGCAGGACUAGUAGAGACAGUCAUUUAUCGAGUGAUAAGAAACAUUCCAAGGACAAAGACAACAGAAGAGAAUCUAGAAAAUCACCAAGUGCCACUAAAUCUGAGCAGAGGGAGCCUAAAGAUGGUAAGGAGUCGAAAGACCAAAGAAAAGCAUCAGUUCGUGACAGUAGGGUGUCGCCCAAGCGAGAGCCCAGAUCAGGAGAAAAAGCUAAAAGGGAGAGUAUCAGGGACUCUAAACCCCACAGGAGCAGGUCUCCGAUGAAAGAGAGGACAUUUACUGAAACUGCAAGGAGUAGACCAAGUCCACCCCGUCGAUCCCCUCCCCCUCGUCGGCCUCCUUCCCCUCCAAGCCGCCGUCCAGACCGAAGUAGAUCCCCUCUCGGUCGAAGGGGGCGGAGUCCCAUCGAGAGGCGGGGCAGGAGCCCCUUGGAGAGGCGAGUAAGAGGCAGCAGGUCUCCAGUCAAUAGGUUUGAUAGAAGGAGGGGGAUAUCCCCACCAAGGCGGUUUGGAGACAUGUCACGCAAUAGAAGAAGACGAAGUAGGAGUCCUGAUAGACGAGGAAGAAGAAGGUGGGGAAGGAGCAGGAGUAGGUCACCUAGAGAUAAAUUCAAAGGCAGCCUGUCAGAGGGACUAUCAUUGAAACAGGAGUCAUCUGAUGACGAAAUCCCUGAUGUUGACUUGGAUGAUGAAGAAGAUGAAGAAGCAGUUAUUGAGAGAAGAAGAAGAGAGAGGCAGCAACUAAUGCAGAAAUACAAAGUUGCUGAGGCAGCAGAGAGUGCAGCAUCAAGCCCUGCUCAGGUGCCUUCCGAGCCCACAUCCAACCCACAGUCACCCCAGCCCAGUGAGCAAGAAGAUAUCAGUGACCAGAGCCACGAUUCCGAGGAUGAUGAAGAUGAAGAAGAGGAGGUGGAGGAGGAGGAAGUGGAGAAGGAGGAGGAGGAGGAUAGUGAAAAGAGUAGUUCAUCAUCAGAUUCGGACAAUGACAGCAGUGAAGAAGAAAGCAGGGCUAGCAGUGAUGACGAGGAAGAGGACGAUGAAGAGGAAAGACUCCGGGAAGAGGAGGAGGAGGCGGAUAGAGAGAGGAGGCGGGAGAUGGAGAGGAAGAGGUUAAAGGAGGCGUUUCCUCAGAGUGAUAGUGAGGAUGAGGAUUCAAGCACUAAAGAUGUUGAAGGGAGUAUGGAUAAGAACUUGAGUGAUAUUGUCAAACCCAAAUCAGAUAAAGAGCAAGCAACUGCUAAAAAUGGACUGGACAUGUUUAGUGAGGUGGAUAUGUUCAAGAUGAGUCCAUCCACUCGUGAGGGCAUAGGACAGAUGGGUCCUGAAAACCCCAGUCUCACUGAUAAUUGGGAUGAUGCUGAAGGAUAUUAUCGGGUGCGUAUUGGAGAGAGCCUUGACAAGCGCUAUACAGUGUAUGGCUACACUGGUCAGGGUGUGUUCAGUAAUGUGGUCAGAGCAAGGGACACAGCUAGAGGUCAACUGGACGUUGCCAUCAAGAUCAUCCGUAACAAUGAACUCAUGCAAAAGACUGGCCUUAAAGAACUAGAGUAUCUCAGGCGACUCAAUGACCAGGACAGGGAAGAUAAGUUUCAUUGCGUUCGUCUCUUCAGAUCUUUCAGUUACAGGCAGCAUCUUUGUCUUGUUUUUGAACCAUUAAGUAUGAACCUUCGAGAGGUGUUGAAGAGAUAUGGCAAGGAUGUAGGGUUACACAUCAAGGCAGUAAGGUCGUACACUCAGCAGCUGUUCCUAGCCCUCAAACUACUCAAAAGAUGCAAUAUCCUGCAUGCUGAUAUCAAACCGGAUAAUAUUCUGGUGAAUGAAUCAAAGACAAUCCUAAAACUCUGUGAUUUUGGUUCAGCCUCACAUGUAGCUGAUUGUGACAUAACUCCAUAUCUUGUCAGCAGAUUCUACCGUGCUCCUGAAAUAAUCAUUGGUAUGAGCUACGAUGCAGCCAUAGAUCUCUGGAGUACAGCCUGCACCAUCUUUGAACUAGCCGCCGGUAAGAUCAUGUUCCCUGGCAAGACCAACAAUCACAUGCUGAAACUCUUCAUGGACCUCAAGGGCAAGAUGCCCCAUCGGAUCAUCCGCAAGGGCAUGCUACGGGACAAGCACUUUGACUCCAACUGCAACUUCAAGUAUGUGGAGGUGGACAAGGUCACAGAGAGGGAGAAAGUGACUGUGAUGACCGUCAUCAACCCGACCAAAGACCUGACCACGGAGCUGCUGGGUUACCAACGUCUACCAGAUGACCAACAACGCAAGGUUCUGCAACUCAAGGAUGUGAUAGACCGGUGUCUCAUGUUAGAUCCUUCGAAGCGGAUCUCCAUCAGCGAAGUGCUACGACAUUCUUUCAUCCAGGAGAAGAUCUAAAGGGGGGCAAGGAUUUCCCCUUCUGGGGUCUCCUCCCAGCCUUGCCCUGAAUGACACACUCCACAUGGUGCUAGAUGAGUGGUACUAGUACUCUUGAGAUGUCAUUAGCCAUCAGGUUUCCACAUGGCAACCUCUCUUUAUUGUACUUUACGUUGACUGCAGAAUGUUCUUGCUUCAACUCAGGUUCUGUAAUAGAGCUAUGUUCCGUAUCAUAGCUUAUUUUUUACAUUUACUAUUCAUUUUAAAGAUGACCAUCUGAAUUUUAGAAGAUUUUGCUUUGUAUAUUUGUGGAUGUGCAUAGAGUGCGUAAGAUAUUUUUUUCUGCAGGUGUCGAUGGGUAAAUCUUCAUAUGGGGUACUCUCUCUUUCAGAGUGCUUUGUGAGUUCAUGUCAUACUUUUUAUAUUAUAUUGCAUGAUUUAUUAUUUUGUAUUCAAUUGUGGUUCCUGUGAGUGCGAUUGGACAGGCAGCUUUUGAAUGAGAGAAGGUAAGAGGUGAAAAAUUGAGGUAAGUUUUUAGAACCUUUGAGAAAUCAGUAAAACUUUUUUUUUUUCAAGAGGUGAGGGACCUGCUCCCCCAACUAUUCUUCUCAGGCCAACAAGAUUUGAGCUUUUUCAUUAAUAUUUACCCCAUUUAUAAAUUGUUAAUUAAUUCCAAUAAGUAUUACCUAACUGAAAUAAUCAAGUGAAAGUAUUUUCCAUCUUUGAUGCUCUUUUGUUGAUACUUUCCUUUCAUACUAAUUGGAAUAGGUCAUAAAUAUCUUGCUCGUUUUUUUAACCAUUUCUCAAAGAGCUACCAUAGAGACUUCUUAUUGUACACAUCAGUUUUAUAGGAAGUUGCUAUAUUUAAGAAAUAGGUUCAGCUGAUUUUUUUCUUAUGUUCUUCUUCCAGAACUGUUCGGCUGCCGAGGGCACACCGGGUUGUACAACACAGAAGUAUUAAAAUCAUGUGUGAGCACAAAAAAGUCAUUUGUGUAGUAAUAUCAUUUUCAUGUGUAGACACUUUGAUAUCCAAUCUAGAAACCAUUGCAUAGUAUAUAUUUAGUAAGCACCCUUACCACCAACAACAUACAAAUAAUGCAAAGGAAUGAGAAAUAUGUGGGGUUUUUUCAACUAACUUUUCCCCUAAAAAAAUAAAAAGAAAGAGGCUUCGUGAAAUAAUUUAAAUGAAUGUUGGAUAUUCGUCUCUGUCUGUGGACUGUUAUGCCACCAUAAUUUAAAUAUUUUGUCCCAUAGUUUCGAUGAUAAAAAAAAGUUUGCUCUUGUCAGAGAUAAUACACUCUCACAAAAUUACAUUACUUGAGAUUCAACUGUAGUAAUCCAGCUCUUAAUGAGCAAAGAUAUUUUUGUUUAAAUGUCCUUUUUUUUUUCAUCGUGAAAAUCGUUCAUCUUAAAUUUGAUUUUUGCUGUGAAUAAGAUGUCAAUUGGAAAAAAUUUUGGUAUUGAGUCUCGACCUUUACAUUCUAAUGUUUGGUGCAAGGGUAGAAUUAGCAUAGAUCUAUUUAAAACUUUGUAAAUUUUGUGAUGAAGAAUGAAAUGUCACGUUAAAAAAAUUGUAAUCUGCCUUUACAGCUAUGUUUUGUCAUUUCCCCAGUGGUUUUCUAUUAGAUUGAUGAAAUAAUUAUUUUAAUUAUUACAGGGAAACAAAUGAAUCAAAUUAAGAAAUAUUCAUGAAUUUAAGGUUUUUUAUAGUUCUCAAUGUUAUUGCAAAAUGUAUGCUGAAGAUGUGCUUGAUACUUCUCCUUUGAUAUUAAUAGUUUAACAAAAUCUCUUGAAAUACAUAAACAGUUGCAAAAAGAAAUUAAAUUCAAAACAAACCCAAAACAGAAAAAAGAGAGGAAUUGGGAAUUGAUUUGAUAUUUGUUUUUGCCGAUUCAUCAUUUCUACUGUCGGAGAAUGAGAAGUUAUCAAUGCUUACAACUUUUACGGAACGGUCCCCUGAUCAUCACAAUUCAUAGAGCAAAAAGUGAAUAUCAAGCCCAUUUUUCAGCAUUUUUUUUUUCUCUCUCAGCUAUGGAAUACGUAAGUUGACUUGUUUUUGCCUGAUUUCUUUCCCCCUCACCCUAGCGCUGGUUCAACUGGGGAGUGCUCAGCUCAAGCAGAGUUUGUUUAUAAAGUGCAUUGUCAGUAGCAGAACUGUGCCGGGUAAAGUACAUGUGUGAAUGGAGUGUGUUAAUUUCAAUGAAAUGUACUAUGAUAUGCAUGUAAAUAUUACUGAAGGGGAAAUCCCAACAUGGGAAAGGGGGAAAGCCCCUAGUGGGAAAUUCCUAGAGGGAAAUCCCAAAUGUGUCUAUACAGGCAGGCAUUGCAGGGAUAGCUAUAUUAUCAUUUUAUGACUUGAGUCUAAUUAUGAUUUAAAUUUGAUAAAAUUGCACAUUUGAUAUUCUGA